AAAAUUCAACAUUAUAGUGCGAUUUGAGCUUUUUGGAGUGUCUUUGGACAAGAUGAAGUCAUUAACGACAAAGCUCAAACUCCUUCGACCUGUCCUGACGUCACUGUGUUCUUACAGCUCCACCGACCAAACCCUUCUUCUCAAUGAGUUCACCAGGUUCUGUUACCAAAGAGACCUUCCCAAAGCUCUAAGAGCGAUGGAUACGUUGCAAAGUCAUGGUCUUUGGGCAGACUCUGCAACUUACUCCGAGCUCAUCAAAUGCUGCAUGUCUCAUAGAGCUGUUCACGAAGGAAACCUCGUUCGUCGUCACUUAUACUUCAAUGGGCAUCAGCCAAUGCUCUUUCUUGCUAAUGUUCUAAUCAAUAUGUAUGUAAAGUUCAAUCUUUUAACUGACGCUCACAACGUGUUCGACGAAAUGCCUCUUAGAAACGUUGUUUCCUGGACUACUAUGAUCUCUGCUUAUUCCAAGUGCAAACAGCAGCAAAAGGCUUUGGAGCUUUUGGUUUCGAUGCUGAGAGAAGGUGUGAGACCAAACGUGUAUACUUACUCCUCUGUGUUGAGAUCUUGCGAGGAGAUGUCUGAUGUUAGAAUGCUUCAUUGUGGGAUCAUCAAGGAAGGUCUUGAGUCUGAUGUUUUCGUUAGGAGUGCUUUGAUUGAUGUGUUUGCUAAGCUCGGUGAGCCUGAGGAUGCUCUUUCGGUUUUCGACGAGAUGGUUACUGGUGAUGCCAUUGUUUGGAACUCCAUCAUUGGUGGCUUUGCUCAGAACAGUAAAAAUGACGAAGCUUUGAAGCUUUUCAAGAGGAUGAAGAGAGCUGGCUUCACCGCUGAGCAGGCUACGUUGACUAGCGUCUUGAGGGCGUGUACUGGUUUGACUCUGUUGGAGCUUGGGAUGCAAGCUCAUGUUCAUAUAGUGAAGUACGACCAGGACUUGAUACUCAACAACGCGCUUGUGGACAUGUAUUGCAAGUGUGGGAGCUUGGAUGAUGCUCGCCGCGUGUUCAACGGGAUGAAGGAGAGGGAUGUGAUUACAUGGAGCACAAUGAUCUCAGGGCUGGCCCAGAAUGGUUAUAGCCAAGAGGCGCUGGAGCUGUUUGAGUCCAUGAAAGCUUCUGGGACCAAACCAAACUACAUUACCAUUGUUGGAGUUCUCUUUGCUUGCAGCCACGCGGGACUACUUGAAGAUGGUUGGUACUACUUCAGAUCGAUGAAGAAGCUUUACGGGAUAGAUCCAGUGAGGGAGCAUUACGGUUGCAUGAUUGAUCUGUUGGGAAAAGCUGGGAAGCUUGAUGAUGCAGUGAAGCUGUUGAAUGAAAUGGAGUGUGAGCCGGAUGCUGUGACUUGGAGAACACUUCUUGGUGCUUGUAGGGUUCAGGGGAACAUGGUGUUGGCUGAAUACGCGGCUAAAAAGGUCAUAGAACUCGAUCCAGACGACGCGGGGACUUACACAGUGUUGUCCAACAUAUAUGCAAACUCUCAGAAGUGGGAUAGUGUUGAAGAGAUCAGGACACGGAUGAGAGACAGAGGAAUCAAGAAAGAGCCUGGAUGUAGCUGGAUUGAAGUAAAUAAAAAUAUUCAUGCAUUCAUCAUCGGAGAUGAAUCUCACCCUUUGAUAGUUGAAGUCAAGGAGAAGCUGAAGCAAUUGAUUGAUAGAAUGAUUGGCAUUGGUUAUGUUCCUGAGACGAACUUUGUGUUACAAGAUCUUGAAGGAGAGCAGAUGGAGGAUUCUCUUAGACAUCACAGUGAGAAACUGGCUUUGACCUUUGGCUUGAUGACAUUGCCUUUAGGGAAAGUGAUUAGGAUUAGAAAGAAUCUGAGAAUAUGUGGGGACUGUCAUGUGUUCUUCAAGCUCGCUUCAAAGCUAGAGAACCGCAGUGUGGUUAUAAGAGAUCCAAUACGUUACCAUCAUUUUGAAGAUGGAAAAUGCUCAUGUGGCGACUACUGGUGACAAUCUGAUAGCUCUAUAUAACAAUGCAAUAGAGCGUAAGUUGAUUAAUGAAUCAUAUUUUUAUAUUCAUCGAUUUGCUUAUAAUUUUUUGGAACUAAUACAAUUUUUUGGUAUUUUGUAUUUUUUUGGUAUUUUGUAUUUGAGAAUUAUUUCACAUGAAUAUGAGUCGAGUUAAUGGGAAGACACUACUACUGCACAUGGGUUUUGGAUCAUGUCAUGUGUUAUAAUAUAUGCUUAAUCUCUCUUUAUUAUAUUUUAUUUUUCUAAAAUACAAAAUCAUUAAAAUAGUCAAAACUCAAAAGUGUUCAAAGCUAAAUGUUGCAUCAUGGAGACAAGAUUUUUUAUGUCCAAAGUUGUCUAAUCUCAUUGUCUAUUAUUAUUAUGAUUCACUAUUACUUUCAUGUGUACUUAAAAGUGCCAUUGCACUGGCUUUACUCAUAUGAGACCUCAUAAAUAAGUUGGUAAUGAUUUUAAACAUUUGAAAUAUGAAAAUCCAUUGCUAAUUCUUCUGUUAUAUUUUAUCUUAUAUUUAACCCAAAAUAAUUUUUAUCUGUGUUAAUUCAUAUUGUAAAUAAUGAUUUAUAAAAAGUUUUCUCAAAAUAUUUUGGUAAUGUAUUUGUUAAGACCAAAAUCUUUAAAUCAUAUCUAUGUUAGAUAAUAUCAAAAGUUUAUGAGAAAUUAAGUGUAUACAGAUGUAAUCAUUUGUAAAAUAUGAACUUGCUUGUUAUUUACUUUUCAGUUGCCACUAGCUGAUUCUUCAUUUUUAUUUGUUUCAAAGCAACUUUUGAAUAAUUAUUCAGCUAAAUCUGUAAAUUUAUUGUUUGUUUAGUUCAUCAUUUAUUUUUAUAUUAUCUUAUUUAUCCCCUAAACGAUGUUUAUCUUAAUUAAUUAACUUUACUCAAAUAAGGCAAAAUAUUCUUCAUAGUAUCAAAUUAAUUUGGUGAGUUGUUUUAAAAGCUUGGAAAAUACUAUACAAUUUGUAAAAUAUGAACUUGCUUUAAAUUACUUGCAUUGCACCUAAUUUUUACUGCAAUGUUAUUAUAGGCUUUGGAACUUAUGAGGCCCAGUUUCGUAGAUCCAUGUCGCUGUUACCACGUCGGCAUUCUCAUCCUUCAACACAUACCUUCCCACAUCGGACGGUUAAGAUUCCAUAAGAAUCUACAAUCGGACGGCUCUCUGUGCCUUUUCUAGACUCUUCUAAAAGGAUGGAGACGAUGAUGAAUCUUCUGGUUUACUAUUUUACCUUCACUUUAAUGUCUCUCUAUUGUAAUUUUUUUUUGAAUUUAUAACUAGUUAUUUUUCGUUUUAAAAUUUUGUUCUUCUUCUUCUUUUUUUAUAAACCAAUUUUGUUCUUCUUCUUUUGAAGUAUAAUUUCAUUUGAAGUCUUUAUUGGUGGAUCGCACGUCUUUCCAUAGUGAUCAAUGGAGUACUAAAAAAAUUACAGACAAAUAAUUAAUUUAUUUUAGCAUCAUUUUGUAAUCUUGAAGUUUGUGUACUCUUAUUCCAAAUAAAUUUUAAUUAAUUUCAACACUACAAAAUAAAAAGGGUUUAUUUGUGAUAUAACCAAAAAAAAAAAAAAAUUAAUUUUGUAGAAAGAGGUUAGAAAGAGAUAGGAAGAAAGAAGAGGAGAGAGGGUGUGAUUUUGGUUAUAUAAUGAAUUAUGGGUUUUUGUUUGGUUAUAUCACCUAAUUUCCCA